AUGCGUGCGCUCCGGCAGAAAGCUGCCCUUGCCAGGCAGUAUGGUCUCUUCCGAGCAGCCUCUGCUUGGAAUGUGACCACCACUCUGCUGCUAGGCAUCUUCGUGGAUGAAUCCGCGAUGGUCAAUGGCGGUGAUGAAAGUUCGUACGACUUGCUGGAACCAGUGGCUAAAGCGGAUUUCUUUGUGAGCCAUUCGUGGUCAUGCCCUUCUUGGAUGAAAGUCCUGGCCUUUUGCCACUAUUUUAACUUGGAUUUGGCCAUACUGUCAUCCUUCCUUGCUUGCCUUCUAGCAGUGCUUCUCUUGCUUCUGCACGCUGGCAGCUUCAGUGGUAUUGCCCAGCAGUCCCAACAGGUCUUGUUCGGCUGCCUCAUCGGCUGGCCCACCAUCGCCUUCAUAGUGCCCUAUCUCUUCGGACACCUCACGGUGAUGAAAUCCUUCUGGUUUGAUCAAGUCUGCGUGGAUCAAGCACAAAAGGAGGUGAAAGCUCAAAUUCUUCAAACCAUUCCAGCCUUCAUCGCCAAGUCCAACGAAAUGCUCGUUUUGUGGGACAAGACAUACUUUGAGCGACUUUGGUGCAACUAUGAGAUAGCUGUGCGAGCUCGAACCUCGGCUUCAACGUCAGCGAUCCAAAUUGUGCCCAUGUGGAUGCCUUUGUGGACAUUAGUUUGGUUUAUUACGUCUUCUAUAGCAAGCUUAUUUGAGACUGGAGUUCAGUCUCCCAAAUUUGAUAGGGAGUCGCGGUUUUCCCUUUUUUUAUCAAUUUUCAAUUCCUGCCCGGUACCUCUAUAUGUCUACUUUGUCACGGCACUGCCUUUCGGCUACUUUUGCAUCCAGAAGAUUGGAAGCCACAAGAAGAUGCUGGAUCAGAUGCGGAACUUUGACCUGAGAGAUGCCAAAUGUGCCGUGGAGAGUGACCGACAAGUCAUCGAAGAACAGGUGUUACAGCUCUUUGACGAGGCGUUGCAGCAGCCCCGGUCUUUCUGCUGCACCACUCUCGAGUCAUCUCCCACUACGCUGUUGCUGGAGGAUUCGGACGAUGAUCCUGAUGAAACUGCUUCGAAGGCAAUCCAAGCCAUUCGGCAUGUGACGAGCUACCCUUCGCAAGAGGAAAUCAUCGAUCAGUUCAAUGACUAUGUCAGAGGCCCACUAUGUGACAGCGUGAUGAAAGUCAUGGGUCAAGAGGACUUCAUUUCUCUCAAGUUGUGCUUGGUGGUCGUCUUUCCUGUUUGGCUCAUGGGCCUUGCAUUCGUCCUUGGUUGUGAUGGACGCUCCGAUUGCGAAACAUCCGCCCAAUACGCGGGCUUCACCUCGGUAGAGCAGUACAUGCUGACGAAUGCAGCCGUGAACCUGUUCCUUCAGCCGUUCAUCAGCACGCUGGGCUUGGCGGCGAUGCUCAAGAUGAACCACCUCGGCAGCACCCUCAAGGGCUCCACGGGCUUCCAGAUGCUCGUGGGAUCGAUUUUAAGCGGCUCAGUGCUAAAGGCUGGAGAUCUUUUGGUCUUUGCUCAACAUGGCAUACUGGCCGUGGUGGUCACCCAAUUUUCACUUCUAUGGCUCGCAGGCCUCCUUGCAUGUCUAAUUCUGGAUGUUGGCUUGCUGUGGCUUUUAUUCUUUCGGAACCCCUUGCGGCCAACCAGUUUGCGCUCACUUGCUGCUGGCUAA